CAGGACCGAUCUGGAAUCAGAUAUUGCACUUUUUCUCUUCUUUUCCUCUCUAAAGGGAAAUUGAAAAUUAUUUUCCUUUUCUUUUUCUCCUUUUCCAAACAGCCUUCGAAUCUUACGAAAUAUCUAAAACAAAAGCCUCCUCCACAUUCAACCCUCCUAACAAUCUCCGUGAUGCAAAACCUAAUUCCCUAAUUCGGAUCAUAAUAUAUCUGUGUUCAUGAUUGACCUGGGAAAGCCCUAGCUCAGUUCAACCAAUUCGAUGGGCGAAGAAGUGAGGAUGAGUGAUAUUAACGGAGGUGAUGGCGGCGAUGACGAGCGAGUGCUCGAGUGGGAGGCGGGGCUGCCCGCUGCCGAUGAUCUGACUCCCCUAUCUCAGCCGUUGAUCCCUCCGGAGCUGGCGUCGGCGUUCAGCAUAACGCCGGAGCCGUGCCGUACGCUGCUGGAGGUGAAUCGUGCGUCGCAGAGUACGUUUUCGACCAUUCGAGGGCAGUCUCAUUCGUUCUCGUCGAACAAUUUCAAGUCUUUCAACGAGGAGCGAAACCGCGAGCCAGCGGUGGUGGAGCCGGAGGAGACCGGGGAUAGGGACGGGUCCGGGUCUGAGUCAAGGAAGGUGAGGAAAGUCGAUUGCGCCGAGGAGGCCGAUUCAGCGAUGAGGACGGAGAAUUCGAACGAUGAUCCCUCUGCUCGGACGCUGAAACGACCCCGUUUGGUUUGGACUCCGCAGCUCCACAAGCGAUUCGUGGAUGUGGUGGGGCAUCUGGGCAUCAAGAACGCGGUUCCGAAGACGAUUAUGCAAUUGAUGAACGUAGAGGGCUUGACUCGGGAGAACGUCGCCAGUCAUCUACAGAAGUAUCGACUUUACCUGAAACGGAUGCAGGGGCUGUCUAACGAGGGUCCAUCUUCGUCCGACCAUCUUUUCGCGUCCACGCCGGUGCCGCAGAGCUUGCACGAGUCUGGCGGAAGUGUGCAUGGGAACGGUCAUGGAAAUGGUCACAUGUCUGUUCCAAUUCCCAUGCCUUAUGGGCAGACGAUGAUGCACAUGCCCGUUCUUGGAGUGUCACAUGGCCAUGGCCAAAUGGGAAUGUCAGGUCCAGGUGGAUAUCAUGGCUACGAGUCUCAUCAUCCUUAUAAUAUGUUGCAGCAGAGAGAUUGGUCAGUUGUGUCGUACCCAAAUGUCGGUCCUAAUGAUCAAUAAGAUGAUACCCGAGAAAUGUUAAUGGAAACAAUGCACUGGGUUGAGAGGUGGGUGGCUUAGAGGUUAUUGAUGGAGGCACGCAUUUCAUGUUGCUCGAUUUCAUGUUCCUCUUCCUACAGCAAGUUAUCUAGCUUUAUGGGUUUUGUUGCUUUAUAAGAAAGUGUGUUAUAAAAGAGGACAGAGAUCAAGGAUUGGAUCAAGUAGAUGAUUGAGAUUUCUGUAGCUUCUUGGAUUUGUUUCUACUUUUAACUUAUUAAAUAUCAUUUGCAAGUUGUAUGUGUCAAUCUAGGAUAUGGUUUGAUAUUUACUGUUAUAUUAUGCACAAUAAGCACCUCCAUCAACUUUCUAUUUUGCCUUAUAUAGACUUUCAUUGAUAA